AGACUAGCCUUCUCCCUAUCAGUAUCAGUCCAGCAUUCCCUCUCUGCUACCCAUAAAUUAAAAAUUCAAAAACAUCGUAAGAACUAAGAAGAAACCAAAUGGUGUCUUUUCCACAGUCAAACCACAAUCUUUGAGGGAAUCGUUCCUUCUUCGUUGCAUCCAAGAAAGCAGCCACACAGAAGCGCAAACCUCAACAACAACACAGUUUCUAACGUUUCUGUCUUUCACAUUGCGCAUUGCCUCUAUCGCCUUGCAUUGUCCCACUCUGCCACUCAAGUCUUUUUUUCUUAUUUCUUUUAUGUCCACCACUGUAAUACAGUAAAACUUUCUUUGAGAUAUAGUCUAAGUGCCCCCUUUUUUUUUAAUCUGUGAAUGGAUCAUCCACCGAGUCGCACUACAUCCUCUGAUGGACUUAAGGAGACCUGGAGGCAUGCACUCGUUCUGUCAUUUCAAACUCUUGGAGUUGUGUAUGGUCGCUUGAGCACUGCUCCAUUAUAUGUUUUUGGGACGAUUCAAACGAAAGAUUUCAAAUCCAAUGAGAUUGCAUAUGAAUACUUCUCUUUUAUUUUCUGGACUCUCACUGUUGUUUCUUUACUCAAGUAUACCUUCAUUGUACUGAGGGCUGAUGAUAAUGGAGAGGGUGGUGUUUUUGCUCUGUACUCAUUAUUAUGCAGGCAUGCUAAAGUGGGUCUGAUUCCAAACGACACAAGCACCAAUGAGGUUAUGCAACAUGAAGAAGAAAGCACUUUUAGGGGAAAAGUUGAAUCAAGGGCAAGAAGAGCCAUAAAAAACCAUAGAAGUAGUCAUUAUUUGAUGCUGUUCACGGCAUUAUUUGGUGCUUGCAUGAUAAUUGGAGAUGGGGUGAUAACCCCAUCUAUUUCAGUGUUAUCAGCUUCAUCAGGUCUUCAACGUUCAUUAUCAGAAAUUAAAUACUCCUCCUCGCCAGAUGCACAAGGAGCCAUAUCAGAUGCUUUAAAAAAAUAUGUACCAGUGCCGUCUGCUUGUGUCAUAACAGUAUGCCUCUUUAUACUGCAGCACUAUGGGACCCGUAAAAUCGGGUUUAUGUUUGCCCCAAUUGUCACUAUAUGGCUUCUGUUUAUUGGUGGAGUGGGUAUAUAUAAUAUAUUCCAAUGGGACCCUGAAAUCUUCUCUGCAUUGUCCCCAGUAUACAUGUACAGAUUUGUAAGAAAUAUCAACAAAGACCGUUGGAAGUCGCUGGGUAGCAUUCUUCUCUGCACAGCAGGAUCAGAAACAAUGUUCACAGAUUUAGGUCAUUUCCCUAAGAGAUCAAUCAAGAUAACAUUUGUCUGCUUGAUUUAUCCAGUUUUAAUUUUGUGCUAUGCUGGUCAAGCUGCUUUUAUCUCUAAACACUGGAAUGGUCCUGAAAAUUUUAAUCAUUUAAGUGAAUCCAUACCUAAACAUCUUCGUCAUGUCUUCAUACUGCUAUCUCUUCUUGCUUCGGCCGUGGGAAGCCAAGCAACAAUACCAGCCAGCUUCUCCAUUAUAAACCAGUGCCGUGCACUUAGUUGUUUCCCCAGAGUAAAAGUUAUACAUACAUCAGAUAAGAGACAUGGACAGGUUUAUAUUCCAGAUGUCAACUGGUUAUUGAUGGCCCUUAGUCUCUCCAUCACUCUUGGUUUCCAUGAUAUAACUAGAAUUGCAAAUGCAGCAGGUAUGGCAAUUGUUUUUGGGAUGAUAGUAACAACUUGUAUGAUGUCCCUUGUGAUGGCUCUGUACUGGGAGAAGAGUUUGUUCAUAUCAGGAUUCUUUUUGAUGUUCUUUGGUUUUGUUGAGGCUGUAUAUGUAUCGGCAUGUAUGCUGAGCUUUCAUAAAGGAGCUUGGUAUCUAUUUGUCCUUUCAGCUGUUUCCUUCACUAUAAUGCUUGCAUGGCAUUAUGGAACUAUGAAGAAAUACGAGUUUGAUUUGCAAAACAAGGUUUCUACAGAAUGGCUCACAGAUUAUAGCCCAGGCCUAGGAGUUUCCAGAGUACCUGGAAUUGGCUUAAUCUACACUGAUAUCGUAAUGGGAAUCCCAGCUUUCUUCUCACAUUUCAUCACAAAUCUUCCUGCAUUUCAUCAGGUGCUGAUCUUCGUGUCUUUCAAGCCCCAACCAGUUCCUUGUGUGCCUCCCAGUCAGCGAUAUUGUGUAGGCAGGGUUGGUGGCAAAGACUACAGGAUUUACAGAUGCAUUGUGAGAUAUGGGUACUGUGAUCAGGUUAGAGACACGGAUGAUUUUGAGGAACAGAUUAUUGGCUCAAUCGGAGAAUACAUUUCCUUGGAUGAAAGCGAUUGUGAAUCGCUUACUUCUCCUGAGGGAAGAAUGGUGAUUGUUGGGACGCCAUUGUUGGAAGGACAUGCGUUGAUUCCUGUAGAUGAUACCAACUUGGUUUCCGGUUCCACAAAUGCUGCUAACAAUGAAACUCUGGCAAUUCCGGUGGGAGAUUUGAUUGGACGAAAUACUCCUGUCAGGAGAAAAAAGGUUCGAUUUCUAAUUCCAGAAAGUAGUCCUAGAUUGCGGGAAUCUGUCAGGGAUGAGCUACAAGAACUGAUUAAUGCCAGGGAAAGUGGCACUGCAUAUUUCCUAGGUCAGUCGCAUUUAACAGUGCGUAAUGGUUCUAACUUUUUUAAGAAAUUCCUGAUUAUGGCCUACGUCUUUCUUGAUAAAAAUUGCCGUGAACCUCCAGUGGCAUUGAAUAUCCCUCAUGCUGCUCUCGUAGAGGUUGGCAUGGUGUAUAUUAUAUAAACUAUAUGUAUGGUAUGGAACUUUUUAUACGUCUGUUUGUCGAAAAAGAAACACAAUUAUUAA